AUGACCUCAGUUUCAACAGAGUUGCUCUUCGUCCUCAUUUCAUUGUUUUUUGUUUCCCCACUUGCUGAAGCAAUAAGAGUAGGAGAUGCAAUCAUCGCCCUUUUGUUAGGGGUGGUCAGCAGUAUUGCAGGCAUCUGUGUUUGCCUUGGUGCGUCUGCACAGAAGAGAAAUGAAAGAUGUGACCAGAUGCGACUUUCAAGGGUCUCCUGA